AUAAAAGAUCGAGAGGGGGUAGAAGAACGUCAGAUCAGUGAAAUAUUCGCCACCUCGGAAGUUUCGCGGUUGUACCUUUUAAAAGCAACAUCACUUUACGAGAGAUAAAUUCAUCUUUAUAAUCUCUCACUUUAUUUCGGAUAUUUCUUUCAUCUCCUGCUUUUUUCGGUGAGAAUAAUUUGAAAAAAAAAAUAUAAAUAAAUAAAGAAGUCUGAAAUGAAGAGAUUCGAAGCGAUCGCGUUUUUAAUGACCACUACUUAAGUGCACGGAGUGCAUUAAGUGAACGAGGGAUAAUGAUUACAGAACAGACUUGGACUAUGAUGCUGGACAGUGAAAUCACUGGGAUAAAUGAGUCAAAUAUUUCACCAAGAAAACAGUUAUGGAUUAAAGCAGUAAAAAAAUUGACCUCCGAAAGAUUAGGAAGAGAAAGCUUGGCAGCUUGGGAAAGUCGGAAGGAAACCACUGUUCCCGAAGACACUGAUAUGGAGGAAUUAAAUGACAAAACAAAAGAAAUUGUCGACACUUCAAAUGAAGAGGAAGUUGUCACCUCAAAAACACAAGAGAAGGAUCUUGAAGCUCAAAUACAACAAGAUGUCUUUAAGAAAGGAAUUCUCUACAAGGGCAUUUUUUGUCCGUCCCUCACCAACAGCUUUCACAAUAAACAAAUGGAAAAAUCAUUUCUUCAUUAUUCGAAUCGACAACGGCAGAAAUCACUCAUAAUGCUCAACAUUGUCGAUCUUGGAUUGAAGAUAGCACUUUUGUCGAUAUGGUUGUGGCGAAAGAAAAACAACACCGAUGGUCUCGUCGAGUCUUUAUCUUGGACGGUUUGCUGUAUGGUAUCUAAUUUAAUAGUUUGUGCAUUAGGAUGGUGGCGUUGUUUCCCCAACAAUUAUUUAUAUUGGGCUUCUAUUUUCACCUGGCUUCUCAUAAAUUCCCAAGGUUUCAUAGUAGCUGGACUAGAUUUUUCAACUCAACAACGUUUAACGUGGUAUAUUUUGCUAAUCGUUUACGCUCCUUAUGCGAUGCUUCCACUUCCUUUGAGAUGGUGUGUUCUUGCCGGAUUUGGAACGGCGUUUACACACAUUUUCAUGGCUAUGAUAACUCUGGCAACUGAUUCAAAAUUUAUCAAGGACUUGGUUUGCAUUGUACGAAUGCUGUCGACAAAUGUUCUUCUCUACUUUGCAGUCAAUUUAGCAGGAAUGUAUACGAAAUAUUUGACUGAUAGAGGACAACGUCAGGCAUUUUUGGAGACACAUCGUUCAAUGGAAACUCGACAAAGAACACAAAAUGAAAAUAAUCGUCAGGAAAAACUUCUUUUAUCUGUUCUACCGGAUUUUGUCGCCAAGGAAAUGAUUCGAGACAUUGCGAGGGAAACUGCAAGAGGUGGGACAAUUUCAUUUACUCCAAAUCAAUUUCACAGGAUUUACAUUCAUCGAUAUGAAAAUGUUAGCAUACUUUUUGCCGAUAUUAAAGGAUUCACUGCUUUGGCUAGUCACUGCAGUGCUCAGGAAUUGGUUAAAGUACUAAACGAUUUAUUUGCUCGUUUUGACAAAUUAUCUAAUGAAAAUCAUUGUUUACGUAUAAAACUUUUGGGCGAUUGCUAUUAUUGUGUCUCUGGUUUGCCAACUGCAAGAAGUGAUCAUGCUCAUUGUUGUGUUGAAAUGGGAUUGCAUAUGAUAAAAGCAAUUCGAGAUGUCAGAUAUACAACACAGGUAGAUUUAAAUAUGCGGAUAGGAAUUCAUAGUGGAUCAGUUCUUUGCGGAGUUUUGGGACUUCGAAAAUGGCAAUUUGAUGUCUGGUCUUAUGACGUUACACUUGCCAAUCAUCUUGAAAGUGGCGGAAUUCCAGGGAGAGUUCACAUAUCAGCGGACACAUUGGAAUGUUUGGAUGGUGUCUAUGAAGUUGAACCUGGUUAUGGAACAGAACGUGAUAAUUAUUUAAAAGAUCGUGAUGUUGUGACUUAUUUGAUUAAACAAACUGAGCCACAACGAACAAAGCGACGACAUUCGUCAAGACCAAAAAUUUGGUCCGAGGAGGAUAAAGGGAAACGAAGUUUCAAAGUCAAUAAUUCAUUGGCGGUCAACAAUUCAGCUGGCAAUCCACCUGUUGAAGAUGAUAUUGGUGUUGAUUGGACACCGGAAAUUCCAUUCGAAAACUUAAACAGCGCAACGUCCGUCAGUAAUCUAGAAUCAGAUUAUUUAGAAGAUGAUAAUGAAAAUGCAAAAAUGGUUAAGUCUGCAUCAACUGACGGAAGUCAAAAAGGAACACGAACCAUUGGAAUUGAAUUUGCUAGUAAUAAACGAAUGAGAUCUGCUAAUAUAAAUACUUGGACUUUAAGAUACAAUGAUGAAAGUUUAGAAUCAAAGUUCUGCCAAAUGCGAGAGGAAAUGUUCAAAUCAAAUAUGAUUUGUUGCUUCGUCAUUUGGUUGUUCAUUGCUGUAUGCCAGGCAAUUAUUUUACCCAAUUGUAUAAUUCUUCUGAUAUCGCUAUUAAUGACGACGUUAAUUUUAAUUGCGUCAUCAAUAUUAGUAAUGGCCGAUGAAUUUAAAUCUUUGCCAACAUUUUUGAAGCAUUUGUCCUCAACAUUGGUUCACAAUAGACAACGGCGUACAAUGUUUAUUUGUAGUUUAAUAAGUUUGAUGGCAUUUACAUCAGUUAUUAGUGUUGUUGCUUGUCCCAAUGGCCGAAGAAGUCACAAAGAAUUAUUAAUUAAUUUCAAUAAUGAAUCAAUGAAAAAUUCUACACAACAAAAUGGUAAUAUUGGCCUAGACAAGCUUAUUUUAAGCUUCCUCGAAACUGCCUUCACUAAUGAUGAUGAUGAUGAUGAUGAUGAUGAAGAUGAAGAUGAUGAUACAUCCUCAGAUAUAUCCAACAUUGAUAGUAGAGAAAAUUCAAAAAAAUCUCUUAUUUUGGGAUUUCUCGAUAAUAAUAAUAAUAAUAAUAAUAAUAAUAAUAAAAAUACCUUUCCACGAAGUUCAAAUAGAAGAAACUAUUUCCGAUAUGAAAAUUUUCGAGCCACAGAGCCAUUAAGACAUCAGAGGAAAUAUGUUAAAAAAUUUAAAACCGAAGAAUUAUCAUUUUUACCGAUGAGAAAAAUUCUUUCCACAUCAAGAGAUAAUGAUAGUAGUUUGAGAAUUUUACAAGAGAAUUAUAAAAAAGGAGAAAAUUGUAUUCGUCCCGAGUACAUAGUUUUUACUUGGAUAUUGUGUUUAAUAGCAUUAGCUUCUUCAUUGAAAUUAUAUUAUUUGGUGAAAACUGCCCUGGCAAGUGUCAUUGUAUUGAUAUAUGCAAUUUUGAUAUUCAUCAUAUAUCCAGAUUUAUUUCCAGCCAGUUAUGAAGAAAAUGACAGAACGGCGAUACCUCUGGCAGCACAAAUUCUCAUUUUUCUCAUUGUUUUUCUGGUAAUGGUGACAUAUCAUGGACGUCUCGUUGAAGUUACGUCACGAUUGGAUUUUCUAUGGAAACAACAGGCCGAAAGAGAACUUUCCGAUAUGAUUGAAUCAAAACAUAAUAAUAUGCAAUUGCUUAAAAAUAUUUUACCUGAUCAUGUGGCUAAUCAUUUCUUGACUCAGGAACGCGCACCGGAGGAAUUGUAUUCACAAUCACGUGAUAAAGUCGGAGUAAUGUUUGCGAGUGUACCAAAUUUCACGGAAUUUUAUUCGGAAGAUGUGAACAAAGGAAUGGAAUGCAUUCGCUUGUUAAAUGAGAUCAUAGCCGAUUUUGACGAGUUAUUGGACGAAAAUUGUUUUCAUUGUAUAGAAAAAGUAAAAACUGUUGGUGCCACUUAUAUGGCAGCAUCGGGAUUAAGUCCAUGUCACAAUGACAAGAAUAUGGACGAUAUGGAGCAUUUAUGUAGAUUAGUUGACUAUGCAGUGGCAAUGAGAUCGCGUCUCGAGGACGUGAAUAUUCAUUCUUUUAAUAAUUUUGAUUUGCGAGUUGGAAUUAGUUGUGGUCCAUUGGUUGGUGGUGUUAUUGGUGCAAGAAAACCAGUAUUUGAUAUUUGGGGAAAUACUGUUAAUGAAGCAUCUCGUAUGGAUUCAACGGGUGUUAUGGGAAAAAUUCAAGUACCCAGUGAAAUAGCCAGGUUUCUCGAGUCUAGAGGCUACAAAACGAAAAAACGGGGUUUAAUUGAAGUCAAAGGAAAAGGUACAAUGGAGACGCAUUUUGUUCUUGGAAAAGGAACACUUCAAGCCGGAGCUUCAAGGCAAAGAAGUACUUGUCGAAGUUUAGCCGCCGUCGUUUAUGGCGUGGUGCAGGCACGACGCAAACAAAUUGGCAGUCUCAGGUAACGUUGCGGAGAUUAAAAGAGAGAAAAAAAGAAUUUAAUUCUUAUGGAGUUAUUCAUCCUUUUUGUGGUUUUCAAUUAUUUGGUUCAAAUUUGAAGUAUAGUGUAGAAAAUAUUUAUGUGGCGAAAUAUUUUGAAAAUCUCCAAUCAUAAUAAUACCGUGAUACUCAGUGAAAUUGUAAGUUGCGUGAAUGUGCCUUAAUUGUAGGCAAUUUGUAAUAUAUAUAAUAUAGUAAAACAUGAUAGUAAAUAUUAAAAUAAUAUACUAAUUCAUUAAUUUA